GUGAGGUCUGAACCAUGAACCUGUCGUGACGAUCCAUGCCCGAAGCUGUGGUCCGCCAAGUUUAAUUGUGUGCCUGCUCUCCAACGUCAUUUCUAUCUACAACUCAACAACAACAACAACGAGAGGUGUACGAUCAUCGCCGACAGAUACUGCCAGCACGGUAUUUGAUUCUGGACUACAGCACGAGUCAGAGUGGGUUUCACUACUUGCAGCAUCGGGCUCGCGCUGGCCAAGGCGCAAUGUCAAAUUACAAUAUGAACCAACACGGAUUGCUUCCAUUGCUGGCGCGCAAUCGAGCUGAGUACGCACUAGCUCCGACUCCCGUCGACGACUUCGACUUUGCAGCUCUCCUUGCUGGGGCAGACAACGACUAUCUUGGGGAGGAUGACUCGCCAUCCUCCCGCUCGGGCGGCGCAUUGAGCUCGGGUGGCGGCAUUGCCAGCUUGUCUUCACCCUUUGGAGUUCCUUCUGGCCAGAUUCUACGGAGCAGUAGCAGCAGCGACAACAAUGGCAGCGGCAGUGUAUCCGUCAGCAGCAGAAGGCAGAAGCUUGAGCGGAGAGGGCACACCAAGAGCCGCAGGGGCUGCUAUAACUGCAAACGACGGCGCAUCAAGUGUCAGGAGACUCACCCCGCAUGCGGUCACUGCGUCAAGAGUUCUCUAAGCUGCGAGUAUCCCGUGACACCCCAGAUCACGCACCAGCCACAACACCAGAUACCGCUCUUCAGUCUCCAUGACAUGCGGUUCUUUCAGCACUUCCUCCAGACCUGCUUCCCAACACACCCCCUUGGCAACGAGAGUGUUUGGACGCAUGAGGUGCCAUGUCUAGCACAGGAUCACGAAUACCUGAUGCACGCGAUUCUAGGGCUGGCAGCCUCCGAGAUGAUGGCCGGAGACCCGAGCCUAGUCACGUUCGCCAUGGCGCACCGCCUGAAGGCCAUCAAGGCCAUCAAGAAGACGCUUGCCAACGUGCCCAAGGCUAGCACCUUUGAAGAAGGCAAUGCGCUCAUGGCGACGUGCUUUGCGCUGACGUUCCAGUCCGUCUGCCUGAAUGACGGGAUGGCCGAAUUCAUGACAUUUUGCCGUGGUAUCAUCAUUGUUGCGAUACAGAUGUACCACAAGGGCAGUCGGUUCAUCUUCCAUGACUUUGUCGGCGAGGACCAGAUGGCUAUCCUGCAGCCCAAGAUGGAACAGGUCCCGCCAAUUCUGUCAGAGCUCACGGACGCGGCGAUGGCGUCUCUCCGGCAGUUCGAGCCGUUGCUGACGAGACAGAUUGACAAGGACUAUCAUGCGUUCCUGGUCAAGAUUACCGAGGCGCUGUACACGGAUUCAUUCAAGGCAUACAAGAUCCUCUGCGAACACUAUGGAUGGUGGAUGCAAAUCCCACACGAGCAGUUCCAGCAGGUCAUUGACCCGGCCAACACGACCAUGGUGAUCCUGGCUGCGCACUGGAUUGCGCUGAAGCAGAUUAUGGCGCCCAUCACCUCGAUCGAGCACGAGGGGCGCACGGACGAGUCGAAGGCCCAGGGAGAGAAGCUGGGAAUGAUCCGCUGGCUACGGCACUUGAACCGGCUUGUGCCGGGCACGGCCACAGCGGCCGAUGGGAAAGGUGAUGGGGCUGGUGGUGGACAGGUGGGAUCACGGUCGGACCUGGGCAAGUACCUCGCGUGGCCGAGGUGGGUUGAGGCGCAGCUGGAUGAGGACCUGGGCUAUUUUGGCCGAAAUCAGGACUGGCGGUGGCUGAGAAUGAGUUGAUCACGCGGGGGAAGGGACACCUGGGUUUUGCAUACUGGUUCUUAUCUCUGUGCUGCGGCGUUUCUAUAUAAACUUUGCAGUUUUCUCGAGGCCACUUUAAACAAAGCGCAUUUCCGCCAUCGUGAA